AUGAAGUCUCUCAGCUCUGAUCCUGCCCCUAGUGGCGUGUCACCCGGCAAAGAAAACGUGGACUCCAAAUGGCCCAUCAAGGGGAAAGGCCUUGGCGACAUACUCUCGCGGGUCCCGGAUCCCAUCUCUCCGUCAACAAAAGAGAAUGGCGCCAAGGACUGGGCCAAGGGUAUGUUUGACGACAAGCAAGAAAUAUCUGAGGCCUUACUGUCCGAGGGCUUCACUUUCCCACCCAGAGCACCACAUCGCCCUGGCCAGUUCUCCGAUAUUCCUCGGCCUGGCCUCUUCAAGGAGCCCCUUGACCGUCGGCCUCCAGUGUCAUGCCAGACUCCUGCUGGUCCAUCUGCAAAGCAUAAUAAUAGUGAGCAAGUGGCGAGAGCUUCCCCUUUGGACUUACCGGAGCUCUGUCUUCCAGGCAAAUCAGGCAACAAAGACAGCGCUCAGCAGCAGAAAGGCGAUGCAGAGGACUCUAAGAAGCAUCAGCUUAAGUCCAAGUUUUUCUCGCCCUCUAGUGGAACCAUUUCCACAGACUUGCCGUGCCCUCAGAGCUGCUCGCCAAAGGAUGCUGGAGAGACGGCUCAAGUGACCAAGCUGUUGUCGCCGCCAAACCUCACUUCUUCGCCGGCGCAGAUACAACGUAGUGGUUUGCUUACGACCGUCAAUCACAAAGCAGCUCCCUGUAAACCAGUUGACGCCGUUGAUGUGCCACGGCACCGGUCUCAUAUCAAGAAGAUGAGCUCCAACCCUCGGCGCCAAUCAACCCCCAGCGUCUGCGGCGAUCUCGAGCUUCCCACCUACUACAGCCCUGCAAAAACCCGUCAUCGUCACAAGCACCAUACAAACAGGCCGAUGAUAUAUGGCUCUACGAAAGGUCAUGAGCAUCCAUCUCGACAGAGAUCCUCUUCCAUUGCAAGCAGCAACAUCUCCAAGAAGAGGUCGCGAGCUCAGAAUCUAUACGCAUCGUCCAAUUCAGAUAGGAAAUUAUUGGCAAUGGAGCAAGCCGCCAUCCAUUGGAACGAAUGCGUUCAGAUCUCAGCUGAGGAGUCCUCAGCUGCCCGUCGAGAGGCUCAGAGGCUCCGAGAGGAGAUCCACCACCAAGAGUCUGAGCUUGAAAAAGCCCGAGAGAUGUUAAACCAGAAAGACGCCAAGCUAUCCGAGAUUGAGAAGCUUUACACGACGUUGCUUGAAAAGGAUACCCGAGUACAAGGAGACAACAAGACCCUAAGCGUGGAGCUCACGACUCUACGGCAGCAACUGUCCGAGGAGAAGAAGCAAAGGGAGCUUGUCGAUGACAGACAUCGGGCUUGUCGAGACAAGCUCAAUGAGGCCAUCAUGGAACAACAAGAGCUGUUUGUACGCUCACGUGCUUUUUAUGAAGAGAUGAUGGACGAGCUUCGGAAAGAAAACGCGCGCAAAACGCUAGACUCGGACGCUGUCGACAAGGCUUUGGAGAGCAGCCGUCAGAAGAGAGACGAGAUGAAGAGGUGCUUGGAAGAGUACCGCAUGCAGAUGGAAGAAGCUAUUCAGCAGAAGAACCAAGCCGUAUCGGAGCUUAAAGAGAAGCUAUCCCUCCAGGAAGUUCUACUGGCUCAAGAAAAGCUCUUUGCCGAUCAUAUUCAUACUCAGACUGAAGAGCAGAGUAUGACAUAUCAGUGCGUACGGACGCUGGAGGCCAAAGUGAACGCUUUGAUAGCACAUCAGGCGGAACAAGACGAGCAACGCCACUCGGAUGCUCAACAGAACACACAAGUGAUGAAAAUGCUAAGUUUGAAACUGGAUUCCCUGGUCGCUGGCGGCAACGUAGUCGUAUCCAAUAUGCUGUCAAGGGAUGACCUGGAACUCCAGCUCGCUGCUGCUGAAAAGAAUAUCUUUCAAAGAUUGUCGCCAGCCAUUCAUUCCCUGGAGAAUGGGCAGCUUGGCAUGACAACCGCAGUGUCGCAUCUGGAAGCAUCAAUUGGACGAGAUCUCGACCUUUUCAAAGGCGAGGCAAUCCAGCUGAUAGAUGCUUGCAAAGAAAGUAAAGAGGGAAGCAAUCAGCAAGUCGAAGAACUCUUAAACCAUCUGCAGAAGCUGGAUCACUGUCUGAAGAGAACCGAGAGCUCGUGUGAAGAGAUGGGCCAGAAAUUUGACGUACUCGUGGGCAGCGAGCAAAGCAACCAGAGCGAGACAAGCAAUCUGUUACAGGGCCUCAUGAAGCAGCUUUCGGCUCGCGAGACCAAGUUUGACAGCCUGGAACGCCAGAUUCUGCAAGCAUAUGAGGGAUUCACAGCAAAGCUUGAGACAAUGAUCGCUGGAGCAAUCAGCGACAAAGGAGAAACGACAAGGUUUGUAAGGAACGCAGCAGCCGAGCUUCGUGCCACUCUAGAGAAAGGGUUUGGCCAGGAGAGGAACAGAACCUCGCAACUGCUUCAAGGGAACGAAGACAUUGUCAAGGUGUUGACGUCUCACAUCAAUGAACAGAAGAGGCUUGGCUCGCAGACUGAUCAUACCACUAACGAGUUGCAAGCGACCUUGCAAAGCGAGCGCGAGGCCGCCGCACAGCUGAGACGCCAGAUUCAGGGGCUUGAGCAGAAAGCUCAGGAGACGGAAGAGCUGCGCAAUCAAUGGCUCAAAGACGUCGAGACUGUUGGCGCCGUCCGAUCACAGCUUAAGGCUAUAGAGGAGCAAAUCCCACAGGUCGAGCAGUACGACAAAAAGCUGGAUCGAAUCGUGGAGAUUAGCAGAUCUAUUCAAUCGUCAGCAAGCUACCUGGCCACAGAAAGAGAAUGGGUUCAGGAAGAGCUUGAGGCCAUCAUGCCAAAGCCGGCCGCCUUGGAGCCCGCAACGUCCUCUGAGGCUACUGAAACACCGCUGGCACGUUCCGUUGAAGCCCACCUAGUGACAGAAGGUUCAUCAGUCAAAGAAGAUAUCAUCAACCGCAAAGUUACUGUCCACAGUCCCGAUCCAGGUGAGGGCUCCCCCUUACCUCCACCAACUGUGAUGCAGGAGCAGAAGCGCCGCCGCGAAAUUACUCAGCUCAGGUCGAUUCUCAAAACACAUGCCCUCUCUGGCGCAGUCGAAGCAGGCGACCUAGAGGGCCCUUCCGCUCGACCACAGGCCAAUCAUGGCAGGCCUAUGAACGGCUCUCUCAACAAGUCGACAUCUGCUUCGGCCAAGGACAUGGUCGCUGAGAUUCGCUCGAGGUUGCUCCGGCACGACUGGAGCUUUCCGACUGUGGCUGACUUCGAGCGGGACAUUCAGCUGGCAAGCAAGAAAAGACAAGCACCUCAGGACAGCCAAGAAGCUUUGGACUCUUUUGAUGCCAGCAACCGAGAUUUGAAAAAGGCCAGAACUGAGUGCCGUGUUGAGUAA